AUGGCCGACGCGAGGAAGGCCAGCGUGACCUCUACAGCCAGCAAGUCUUCCUCGUCCGCGAAGUCUACUUCUUCCAAGGACAGCGGGAAGGUCAGGAAACCGAAAAAGUCGCGUGUUGCUGAAGACGGCAAGGCUGCGGAUGGCUGGGAUGAACCGGCAGCGCCACCAGGAGCAGUGCCUGCGCAGCCUGGUCCUUCUAAAGAAUCCACUAAAGGCUGCCAAAUCAAAAGGAAAGACCUACGCCCUCAUCGCCGCAGUCAUGCUUUCUGGACCUGUGCUGCCCCAAUCUGCAGCCUCGCUGAUCCUAGCGACUCACAGUUGCGGGACCGGCGCAGGCAACUGGACACGCCACUUCGUUCACGCUUCAGCGUGCAUGGAAGCGCCACCCCUCAACCUUUCCUGUCUUCCCAAAUACCUGGUUUCAUCGCGGAAAACAGCAUCGACACCGACAUCAGCCACUACCUCGCCUAUAAAAGACCAACACCGCCCGCCUGCGCUCUCCUCGCUGAUCCUAGCGACUCACAGUUGCGGGACCGGCGCAGGCAACUGGACACGCCACUUCGUUCACGCUUCAGCGUGCAUGGAAGCGCCUCCCCUCAACCUUUCCUGUCCUCCCAAAUACCUGGUUUCAUCGCGGAAAACAGCAUCGCCACCGGCAUCAGCCACUACCUCGCCUAUAAAAGACCAACACCGUCCGCCUGCGCUCUGUGGGCUCGUCACUUGUCACAGGCCAACUGCCCGACGAUUGGAAAAAAGGGAAGGUCAUUCCAGUCUUCAAAGCUGUACGUCGAAGCAAGUGCGAAAGCUGAAGCAGAGGCCAUGUACCGCGGCAAGGUGAUCAUGCUGUUCGUCGUCCCGACGAUCACCGUCUUGCUCAUCCUGAUGGCGGUGCUCAUCUACAUCGUCACCAUGGAAAAGCCCCGAAUACGCGUGGAUACGUGCCGGAGCGACGACUGUGCAGCCUUUGGUGAGGAGCUUUACGCUGCCAUCAACUGGUCCAUCGACCCAUGCCAAGACUUCCACGCGUUCGUGUGCGGUGGUUGGGAUGAUCCUCGGCGCCAAACGACGACCGAAUCACGAAUGGUAGCCGCUGCAUUAGACAUUGCGAUCGAGGAAGCCAAAGAAGACCUGGCGCAGCAAGGCAAAGCACCGCAGCAGCGCAGCAAGGCUACGCAGUUCUUCGAAAGCUGCCUCAUUGCCAGCACGCAGAAGCAGCACAACCUAAAGAGUUCGCUGAUCUCCGGCGCUCCCUGGGUCUCUUAUGACCCGAGCAUGAUCCUAGACACGCAGCCCACCCUCUCGACAGUCAUGUUGCCAGUGCGCCAGUCCGUCGCCCUGCUUGUCUCCCGCGGUCGCCUAGAUAACGUCUGGGAGGAGAAGCUGCGCGCUGUGAGGACGGUCGAAGCAUAUGAGAGCUACGUAAAUAAUUAUUACGAUGUUCUAAAGAUCACCGGCUCGCAAGCUGGCGUGACCGCCGCAGAGCUGCUCGAUAUUGAGAACACCAUACUCAAAGCUAAGUUUGAGUUCAUGUACGGCUCUCCUCGCCAAGACUGGUUCCAAGUGAGCGCCCUAGAUGGAAAGACGCCAUCAGUUCCAGCAGGAUUGUGGCUUACUCUUUUAAGGAAGCAUGACAAGCAGUACAACUGGACCGGCGACGACACGGUGAUUGUCGAGGAUGUCAAGAUACUGGAGAACCUCGACCACUUGCUGAGGGCCCUGGGUCAUGACAAGCUGACCACCGGAAUAUCCUGGAUGUUUAUACAGACGCACCUCUGGGCUGUUUAUGGGGCUCCUUCACUGCGAUUCGGUGGCACAGAGAGAGAACUGGUAAAGAUGCAAGAACGCGGCUGCGUAGAAUACGUCGGAUCUCGUCUGGGGCUGCUCGGCUGGGCAAAGAUGCUUACCCACAGCUACCGCGACAAAGAGGGUGGACAGCACGUGACCAAUUUCUUCCAUCGAAUCAAAGACCAAGCGAAGGGCCUCAUUAGAAAUCUCAGCUGGAUGGAUUCCAAUAGCAAGGAAAUGGUCUACGCUAAGUUGAACAGUAUGUCUUACGUCGUACUUCCAAAUGGAAGCUUCUUCAGCGCGAAAAAGAGGGAGGAACUGUACAGCGCAUUUCCAGACAUGGGCGGCAACACCUUCGUGACGAACCUGGUGAACGCGUCCAAAGUUUUCCAGCGGCUGCGCAAUCAGAAACAUUUCGCGGACGUGUACAACAUUCGCAUGGUUCCGCGCUAUGGUCGGGAGCUUUACCUGUAUUUACCGAACUCAAUGGCAAUCGCGUUAGUGACCCUCAGCCCGCCGAUGUACUACGAGGACGCUACGCUGGCGAUUAAAUACGGCGCCAUCGGUUCCUUUGCAGCUCGACAGAUGGCUAGGGCGUUCGAUGAAAUAGGCGUCACGGUGGACGAUACAGGGAAGCGCCAAGCCUGGCUUGGGGCCGAGGCGGCCGCAACAUACGAGAGAAAGGCAAACUGUGAUGUUCUCGCAGGCUCGGACAGCACCGCAUGGCAUCCGAUGCGAGCGCUGCCUGUUAUGCCAGGGCUAGAGAUUGCUUUCGAGGCCUUCGUUUCGGCCGUGGCGGGGGACUAUCGAGCCCUGAUAGAUUUCAAGGUUCUUCACUUGGAGAUGUUCACCGACCUGCAGAUUUUUUUCCUGGCAUACUGCUACUCCAUAUGCUCUAAGAGGCCCCAAACCAUGCGCGACGAAUGCAACGUCCCGGCCAUGAACUCACCCAUAUUUGCUGAAGUUUUUCACUGCCCCGUGAAAUCGCCUAUGAACCCACCAAACAAGUGCACAUUUUUCGACAGGUGA